GGCGUGAUGCAGGUCAUUUGUGGAGUGUGUACACUUCUGCUCGGAGGCAUCUUUUUCGCAUUGGUCUUGCACGUCAUCGACACAGGUGCAGGAGUUUGGUGUGGGGCGUUCAUAUUCAUUCCAACUGGAGUUCUCGGCAUCUUCACCAAAGGGAAACGAACAGGAUUGAUCAUUGCCUACCUUGUGAUGUGCAUCAUCUCCUGCUUUGCAAGUCUAGUUAUGGCUGCCUUUAUAUUCUACUGGACGUGGUAUUGGGGAGUAGAAUGUGCUAGACCGUCAACGUCCUGCUCCAACGUUACGAUUUACCAAGCUAUUCAAGCUCUCAUUGGAAUUCUGAUGGUCAUUGAUUUUGUGGGGGCUGUUAUGGGGGCACAUGUGUGCUGCCAGGUAGUCCCUUCAAGUAAGCCAGCGACACGCAGGAACAACGCGGUGCAUUAUGAACGCCGUCAACAGCCAACAAGCAAGAAAGGUCCAUCGUCUAACAGACGGUUCUAA